AUGGCUCCCCUCGCGCCACCCGGCGCCGGUCUCGGUCCCGCAGAACCUCUCACCAAGCUGACGGAUCCCCUCAACCGCUGGUCGGCGUGGGUCACGAUCGACGACAAGCCUGUCGAGGUGUACAAGGUUGCGCACGAGGGCAAGAAGUCGACUUGCUACAUCGAGGCGGUCGAGGGCGAGGAGUUCCAGCUCGUCUUUGCCGCCCACAACAAGGCUGGCGACGGUACCCAGGCACGAGUUUGUCCGGAAGUCGACGGCAUGGCUAUGAACGGGGUGGUGUUCCGCACGGAGACACCGUGGACGUGGGAGGGCAAACGCGUCUCAGACCAGGCCGUUCGCCCUUUCACCUUCGCCAAGACAAGCUUAACGGACGACUCGAACCUUGCCACGACCAGCGAGGCUGUCAUCAAGAAACUCGGCACGAUCUGCUUCCCGGUCCUGCGCUGCUUGAACAUCCGAGACUCAACGGCUCCAAACGUCUAUAAGGAUGACGCGAAGCAACACACCAUUGACGAGCGCUCGAAGAAGGCUGCCAUCUCGCACCAGGCUGGAUUUGGCGCCGUCCGGAGCGCGGCUAUCUCAGGCAACCCGGUGCAUGUCACCUACGUCGACAAGGAGGACUCUCCCUUCUACGUGCUCGAGUUCAAGUACCGCAGCAGGGCGUUGCUUGAGCUCGAAGACAUCGUCGAGCCUCUCCCUCGCACGUCGCCCUCCCCUGCACCCGCGUCACCUGCUCGUUCGCCCAAAGCCGCGCUCAAGUCGCCAGAUAUCAAAGGCAAGAAGCGCAAGACCGACGUUAUCACCCUCUCGGACGACGACGACGACGAAACGGACCUUCGCGCCAAGGUCGCUCGUCUCGAGGCGGAGAACGCCAAGCUCAAGAGCGGCGGCGUCAAGGCGGAGAAGAAGCCGAAGGUCAAGGAUGAGCCGCUGCGCAUGAACAUCAAGAAGGAGAACGGCCAGAUGGUCAUCCACCUGCUCGACUGA